AUGAAUAUGUUUGACAUCCAGUGCCCUGCUUUCAGCAUCCCAGUGAAGUCAUGUGUCCUCAACCUAUUUGGUGAAGAAAUGGAACCCACUAAGAAAGGGCGAGCGGAUGACGAAAGCGGACUGCACAAAUCGAAAGAUACAACGCCAAAUAAAAACAAGAGUUGCGACCAAAUUUUGGAUUACAUCAAACAAGAUCUAGGUCUCUGCCAUAUUGAACAGUCUAGUGACUCAGAGGACGGGGACCCAUCACGUUCAAGUUCCCUGUCUGGGAAAAGUCUUCCGACAUCUGUGAAUGGAAAACGAAUGAAAAAAAUAUCAGACAAGAAACUGAGAUCAAAUGAAGAAAUUGGGGAAGAAAUGGAGUGGAAGAGAGCAAAACAAAAAAUUGAGCAGUUUCUGGAUUUCCCAGCAAUGAUUUCAGAUUUGUCUCUUAGAAACCAUCCCCGCCGAAUGGACUGGGACACACAGACUGGGAGGCCACCGGCACAGUCCGAGCGAGUGCCACACAGUUCCGAUUCCCAACACCAGACACAAUGCGCUUUUCUUAAGAGACUUGUCGAAGAAAUCACAAAUGUCCUAUUUAAUGUCACAGCAUCUGGAGACAGACACGAUUUGUCCUCCGGAACCACAGCAUAA